UAGAUUGUAUAUAUUUACAGCGUUGAUAGUGUGCCAGUAUCUAGAGAAGACAGCGAAGAGAGAGCAUGAGCUCUCUGUAGAGAGAGUGUGUAUCAUCAUCAUCAUCACAUAGCACGGGCGGUGUCCAAUAGUCAAGAGCAAGACAACAGAUUAUCAAAAAGAAAUAGUUGAGUAGGUAUAGGCGUGUUUUUUAUAGUAAUAGCUGGUGUUAUGCUGGUGAUCUCAAUGUCGGUACUCCGUACUUUACUCCGCAGUCAACGGCAUCGUCUCGGGCAAGAAGCAGUACCAAGUUUAAGAGCACCGCGGAGAAAAUAAUAAAAAAAAUAAAAGGAGGCUUUUGGAGUAUAGUUUCGUAAUACAUAAUAUAACUAUAAUCAUACGCAAAAGUUUUAAAUUCAACAGCAACAUUAGUGUUGUUAUUUGUUAUCUUGUUUAGUGCCGAGAAGCCCAGGAGUCCCAUAAAUAACACCUGACACACCUGAUUUAACGGGUAAAAAGCGAGGGAAAAGCCUACGGAUGCCUGAUGUGAGGUUUAAGUGCUGUUCGGUGGCGUCUCGGUUUUUUAUUGCUAUUUAUCUUGUGAUUUACAACAGUGUAGUCUGAUAUUAUAAUAAUUUUAAGCCCUGAAGAGGAAGAGUUUUGGGUUUUAUUUUUUUAGUUUAUAUUGAAGUUUGUUGUGUUGAUAAACAGGUGUUACUGAAGAGUUUUAAGCUCUUGGGUUGAUUGAUGAUUAAAUUUAAAUGGGAGUUGGAUUCAAAGCGAGAUACAAAACCAGAAAUAUUCUAAUGAAACACUACAUUUUUAUAAACUUCUGUGAAGUCGCUUUGUUUAAUUUAGAAUGCUAGUGAUGGUGAUGAUGAUGACAGCCGUAAGAGUUUGAUCUACUGAGUUUAAUUGAAGAUUUUUAAAAAUGUUACGAGAGUUUGACAUACAAAAAAUAAGAUCGUUGGCUUUUGUCAAGCCAACGUAAUCAAGUCAAAUCUUUGUUAUUUUUCUAUUGUUGAAAUUUAUUUCGGUCACAAAACUUUUAGUAGUACGUUUGGCAAAAUAAAAGUAAUUUUUUUUUUUUAUGACGAAGAUAAACUAGGGAAACUAAAGAAGAUAUGAGGCGACACGAUCCUGAAAACGGGUCGUUGUAUUUAUCAGGAAGAUGGCCUUACACGCUUUGCGAAACUUAUAUUCAUGUUCACACUGUUGCAAUGAUUGAUUAUUAUUAUUAAAAAUUCAUGAGUAAUGCAUGAGUAAAUAAAUUGAUAAAUCAAAAGUAGUAUGAGAGAAAGAGAGGAGAUAAAUUAAUUUGAGAAUGGAAAAUCGUCCGAAGAUUGAAAUUGUACGAGUAUCAUCAACGGAACGAGGAAAUUUCCGUCCUCUCGAUGGUGUGCAAUUGAGGGCUGCUUUUAGUCACACCAGAAUAGGUUCAUAUUGUCCAGAACCAGAAAUUGAAAUGACCUCUUGUGAAAAUAAACCACCGAGUCAUACGAAAAAAUUUAAAAAAAAUUUGGGACCAGUAUCAAAACUGCUCAGGCGUCGUCAAGGGACGUGCCUUGCCACUAAGUCCUGUGAUAACAUUUAUAAUGUCAAUAGAAAUAGUUCAUCUUUAGAUUGGAGAAUGGGUCAACGUCCUUCAGAUCCACUUCACCAAGGGCGCCAAAGUAGUAGUUUAGACUGGCGAAUGGGAAGAAGAGUGAAUUCUGAUUGGCAAGACACAAGUCGCAGUGCUGAGCACUUGCUAUCUCGUAGCCCAAGGUUUGGUGGUCACCGUACGCCCACAACAAAAUCAAAAUUAGUUUCGUUACUUCGUCGAUUAUCUCCGCGACUUCCGCGACCAGGAAGUAAAAAUUCGCUUCCUUCAUCCCCAAUGGUCUGCCCGUGGAUUCGAGUAGAGUACUCAACAGAAUCAGUAGACGAUCCGCGACACGCAGAAUCUCAAGACAAUGAUGUCAGCUACCAGCAGGAGUUGCAGUUGAAUGAGCUCAGAAAGAGAAUGCUCAGUGCCUCACCCUCGUCCUCGGCUUCUCAGAUGCCAAAUAGUCAAAUAAUUAUAAGUAUUGCCAAUGAUGAGAAUCAAAAUAUUCAAGGAAACAAUAUUAAAUUGGUGGAAGAUAAAAAUUCGUUAGAUAAAUCUGUCCACGAGGAUCGAACACCAGAGGAAAAGCGUAACCGCGGUGGCCACAGCGAGGUGGCGGGUCUGGAGGAAGACAACGGCAAAGACACAACGGUGACGGUGACAGGAUUACCGGGAAGUGGUGGUGGCGGUGGUCCCGGUGGCAGGCCUAAUCGUCGCACCCGGCCACUGUCGUUAGCGGUCCAGCCGUUGCAUUAUCAACGACUUGACACCGCGGACAGCAUCAAUACCGGUGGCGGUCCUGCAAGUGCUGGAGUUAUCACUGGAACGGGUGCAAUUAAGCAUCCCAAUAUGACCAGUCAAGAGAGCAUCGGUAGCUGCAGCCUCGACGUCGAUCGCUCGGCAUCCGACCGAUCAGGUUGGAUUUAUAAGCCAACAGUCGAUUCUGUGUCGGAAAGAACACUACACAGCUUAAAUCUGUCAAGUAACGGGGAUACAACGUCUGCUGGUGGUGAUAGCAGUGAGAUUAUUCAAAAGCACAACCAACAAACGUUGGAUAAGCAACCAGAACAAAUAAUUGUUGAUAAUUGUGAUAGUAUUAUUAAUGGUGAGAAUGAACCAACAGCUGAGCAGCUGACGACUAAGAAGCCGAGCUACUUAGGCCUGGCUUGCAGUAUCAGUGGUUACUCAGGUAUUACGAGGUACGAUAGUAAACUCAGGGAAGGAUUUAGAUCAAGAGACAGCAGUCCUGGCUCAAGAUUAAUUACACGUGAAACUAGUCCUGCAGGUUUUAGAUCAAACGAAAAUUUAGGAGUACCACCGCUCAACUAUCCAACAAAAAGUCAAUCAAUAUCACCAUUAGCAAUGGAUCGUCAAAACGGAUUUACAAAUGGCAAAGAGUGCAAAAUAGAGACAUUCGUGGAGUCGCGAAGCACACUAAAUGUCUUCCAAGAUUACUCGGAAGUAGACCGUGGGGUUUCUUUGCAUCCAAAUUUUCCGGAUGUUAGUCCAAUUCGCAGUGUUGGAAAUAAGAAAACAACAACAUUAACAACAACUGUUGUAAAUAAUAAAGCUAACAAAUCAUUUUCGCCAAACUCGUCAUACGCAUCAUCACCCCGUGGAAUGAAUAACACAAAUUUAUCAAAUAUAUCUUGCGCCGAAGACAGUUUCUUGAAUGGAUCCUCUAUAGAGAUAGAAAGUCAAACUCUAAAUUUGUCAUCGAGCAGUGAAAAGUCUUUUAUUCAGCAACGUGUUGAAAGACUUUAUGGUCCGGGUGCUCUGGCUCAGGGUUUUUUUAGACGUUCUAAUCAAUCUCAAAACAGCGACAAUAGUUUUAAUAAAAAAUCAUCGCUCAAUAAUAGUAGUAACAUUAAUAAUAAUGAUUUGAAUUUGGAUAAUGCUAACAAUGAAGAGUCAUUAAAAAAUUUACCUGUUUUACGUCACUUGCGACCGGAGUUUCGAGCACAAUUACCAGUUGUGAGUCCCCGUAAACCCACUGAUGGGAGUGAACAGAUCGUGAAGCCAAUGCAAAGGAUAUCUGUUUCAUCUAGGAAAAAUGAUGUUACGGUUGUAGUGAAAGUACCUGUCGCUACGGUUACUCAAACUGCGGCUGCUGCCGUUGCUAAUGUUACAGCCGCUAAUAAUGUGACGAAUGUUAUUACAACUACGCAACUAACAGCUAAUAAAAAUCAUGAGAAUGAUUCGUUGAAAUUAAGUCCUAGUAUGACGAGUAUUACAGAUCAACAGCCAGCGGCGCCGGAAGUUGUGUUACCUGUUCUUGAGACAAGCGUUAGUUCAACUAGUCUUGCUGAAUUGCCAAAAGCGACUCAGGAAGAUAAUGCCGUUGAAGUUAAAGACGGUCAUUAUUUUAUGAAAUUAUUGAAAGCUGAAAUCGAUAGACUGUUUAAAUUGGCUGCGUCUGCUGAAGCUGAACUAGCAAAUGUGGAAUCGCUGCCAGAAGAAGCUGCAGGUAAAUUGAGAUCUGCAGCAGGUAAAGCUCGUUUAUUAGCUACCCAAAAAAUGCAGCAGUUCGAGGGACUUUGUCAAAAAAAUAUUACUCAAAUACCUGGUGAAGUGUUCCCGACCACAAAUGAAGAUCUAGCAGGCUUCUGGGAUAUGGUGAUGCUUCAAGUUGUCCAAGUCAACGAUAUAUUUGAACAUUUAGACAAACUACGAAACUCUCAGUGGCAAGAGGUUGCUGUUGAAAAAGCAGCAGUAGCACGCACACAACAAAACGGCAAUAAUGCGAAACGUCGUGUUAUAAAUCAAAAACCAAAAGCAACAGCAACGAGUGAGGCUAAUCGUAAAGCACGUGAAGCUCGUGAACAAGCACGUCGUCAAAUGAUGGAAGACCGUAGAAAGUCUAUGAAAACUCAAAACCAACAAUCUGUUGAAAUUUUUGCACCUAAAACAUAACAGUCGGCUGUUUGUAAACGAUCGUGUACUCAGCAAUAUAGUCAAAUAUUCUCGAUAAAUGUUGCUGUGUAACUAAUCAUUUAAUGUUAAAGUUUAAAAAUAUCUCAUUUGCAUUAAAAGUUCAGACUAAUUAAAAAUAUAAAUAUAUUAAAAUAAAAAUUUUACCGA